AUGGAUGAAGCUCGGCCUAGUAGCGGUGCCCAAGCGCACGGACUUUCGUCUCUUUUUCCCCCAGGACUGCAGGCUAUCUACGGGGAAUGUCGGCGACUUUAUCCCGACCAGGCAAAUCCGCUUCAAGUUACAGCCAUUGUGAAAUAUUGGUUAGGUGGUCCAGACCCGUUGGAUUACAUUAGUAUGUAUCGAAAUACGGGCAGUUCAAAUCAAGAGGUUCAAGAGCAUUGGCAUUAUGUCAGUUUUGGACUAAGCGACUUGUAUGGUGACAACAGGGUCCAUGAAUUCACAGGAAUCGACAAACCCAGCGGCUUUGGCUUCGAGCUCACCUUUAGGCUGAAAAGAGAGAUGGGGGAGACAGCCCCACCGACCUGGCCUGCUGAGCUUAUGCAAGGCUUGGCUCGCUACGUUUUCCAGUCAGAGAACACAUUUUGCAGCGGUGACCACAUAUCAUGGCACAAUCCACUUGACAACAGCGAGUCUCGCAUUCAGCAUAUGCUGCUCACGGAGGACCCUCAAAUGCACCCUAUCCAAACUCCUUUUGGAACCGUCAGCUUCCUACAGAUUGUGGGCGUUUGUACUGAGGAGCUGCAGGCGGCACAGCAGUGGAACGGUCAAGGCAUUUUGGAACUGAUGCGAGGGGUUCGAGUAGCCGGCGGUCCCUGGCUGAUCACAGACAUGAGAAGAGGGGAGACCAUCUUUGACAUUGAUCCACACCUACAACAGGACCGAGUGGACCACGGCAUCGAGACGGAGGGCUCCAAUCUGAGCGGGGUCAGCGCCAAGUGCGUGUGGGACGACCUGAGUCGACCGCCCGACGACGACGAGGACAGUCGAUCCAUCUGCAUUGGCUCGCAGCCUCGCAGGCUCUCUGAUAAAGACACAGAACAGAUCAGGGAAACCUUGAGGAAAGGCCUGGAGUUUAACACCAAGGCAGCAUUGCCCCCCAUCAGUAGCCAGAGACAUGAUAGACCUCAGAGUCGAAAGGAUAGUUUGGAAAGCGAAAGCUCAACAGCCAUCGUUCCUCACGAGUUAGUACGAACGCGACAAUUGGAAAGCGUCCAUCUGAAAUUUAACCAAGAGUCCGGCACGCUGCUUCCCCUCUGCUUACGGGGCCGCUUGCUGCACGGUAGACAUUUUACUUUCAAAAGUAUUAACGGAGACACGGCCAUCACGUUUGUGUCUACGGGAGUGGAGGGGGCCUUUGCUACUGAGGAGCAUCCGUAUGCAGCCCAUGGCCCCUGGCUACAGAUACUGUUCACUGAGGAGUUUGUGGACCAGAUGCUUGGGGAUUUACAUGACCUUAACACCCGUGAAGAUACAAAAUUACCAAAGGAGUACAGCUGGCCUGAGAAGAAGCUGAAGAUCUCAAUCCUACCAGAUUCUGUGUUUGAUAACCUUCUGCAAUGA